GUUUGUCCUUCCGUACGUACCGUAGUUGUGGUAAAACAUGGCGUCGGACAGUGACAGCGACGAGGAUUUUGUGAGUUAUGGGACUCCUUUAGAGCCUCUGGAGGAAGACGAGCCGCUGAGGAAGCCCGUCCCGCUCCACGAGCAGACGGUGAAGGACGAGAAGGGACGAUAUAAGAGGUUCCACGGAGCGUUCACCGGAGGCUUUUCAGCCGGUUACUUCAACACCGUCGGCACUAAAGAAGGGUGGAAUCCGUCAACCUUUGUGUCGUCACGGCAACAGAAAGCUGAUAAACGUCAUGCCAGACCAGAAGAUUUCAUGGAUGAGGAGGACUUCGGCGAGCACGGCAUCGCUCCCACAGAGAUCAGCACCAGCCAGGAGUUCUCGUCCAGCCGCAGAGACGAGGCCAGAGAGAAGGCGAGAGCGGUGAACGCUCAGGCCGCUCUGAUCCCCGGAGACACUCUGCUGGAGGAGCUGAUCUCACCCGCCAGGACGUCCAUCGGGGUGGAGCUGCUGAAGAGGAUGGGCUGGAAGGAAGGUCAGGGCGUCGGGCCUCGUGUGAAGAGGAAAGCUCGCCGACAGCAGACAGAUGGAGGAAGCAGAGUUUACGGCUGCUCGCUGCCUCCUGCUGGCUCGGAGGACUCAGAGGAGGAUGACGAUGAGGAGUUUGCUCCAGAGAACGUGACCUUUGCCCCCAAGGAUGUGACUCCAGUGGACUUCAACCCCAGGCUGGGGGUUCAGGGUCUGGGGUACCGCGGUCUGGACCCGGGCCUGGCUCUGCUGGGCCGAGGAGCCCCCGAACACAUCGACCUGUUCAACCCGCAGUCGGACACGAGGAGCCGGCUGUUUGGAGACGCUCAGAGGGGCUCGCGGCGCGGCGGCGUGGCCGGACAGGCGUUCGGGGUGGGGGCGCUGGAGGAUGAUGAUGAAGAUGUGUACCACAGAGACUCCAUGUCCAGAUACGACACGGUGCUGGGAGGAGAAGAGCCCGGAGACGGUCUGUACGGCUGGACGGCGCCGCAGCAGUACACCAAGAAAAGAGACAAAAGUAAAGAUGCGUCGUACCUCGGCAAAAUCCUGGAGGGGUUCACUCUGGCGCAGAAACCAGUGGAGGAGAAAACGAUCUUCCCUCCACCCUCUCUGCCCCGUGACUAUCGCCCUGUCCAUCGUUUCCGUCCAUCAGUCGAUGUUUCAGCUCUUUCCGGUGUCAGUCCUGCGCUGGCCGAGGCUCUGAGGGCCUCCAGGGGCCACAUGGUGAAGGAGGAGCCCCAACAAGGAGGACGCCACCAGCUGGACUCCGGCCAGAGGAGGGCGCUGCUGGGGGAGGACACACUGCAAGGUCCCAGUUCAGUCAUGGAGCUGCUGAGGCCCGAAGACAGAGAGCGACUGUUCAACCUCCGCAACUCCUCCAACCCGCCCUCCAUUAAAACCACCACCCCGGACUCCCAUGAUGCCUUGCGGCCAGUAGGGGCAUCUGCUCUAAGUAGCACAGCCUCCUCCUCCUCCUCCUCCUCCUCCUCAUCAGGCCUCCAGCAGCAGCAGGAGGCUCUGGCAGCCUGGAGAGGCCAAACCUCCGCACAGACCUUCAGACCGUUUGAGAAGAACCCCAGCAAGCAGGCGCGCUACGAGCUCUACCUGAACUGCCUGAAACAGGGAGACAAAGACGCUCUGGAGCAGAGUCUGGACUCGGGGAUGACGGAGUGGGAGCGCAGCAGGGAGAGGGAGGAGUUUGUCCGAGCCUCCAUCUUGUACCGACCCACCUCCUCCUCGCUCUCCUCCCGCUUCACCCGAGCCAAAAACCAGGAGGACGACAACACGGUGGAGGUCAGCCGCGACGAGGAGGGCGACGUAGACGACAAACAGGCCGCCGUCAAGAUGAAGAUGUUUGGGAAACUGACCAGAGAAACGUUUGAGUGGCAUCCUGACAAACUGCUCUGCAAGAGGUUCAACGUCCCCGACCCCUACCCCGGGUCAGGUAUGGUGGGGAUGCCAAAGGUGAAGAGAGACAAGUUUUCAGUCUUCAACUUCCUGACUGUGACGGAGAGCCGAGAGCCGACAGCUCCUCCAAAGCCUCCAGAAUCCAGCCGGAGGUCUCGGUGGGACGUUUCAGACCAGAAGGAGGAGAAGAAGAAGAAGAAUGACCCGCUAAGUGAGCUGCUCAGCGCUGCACGAAACCAAACGUCUGAGACCAAACCGGACCAAACCUCCGUACCUGCUUUACCUGCUUUACCUGCUUCCACCAGCACCGACAAUCAAACUGCAGACAUCAAAACUGAGACAAAAUCAGUGGAUCAAGCAAACUCUGAGAAGAAGAAAGGAGAUGAAGAGGAGGAGGAGGAAGAGGAGGAGAGCAGGCCUCCCAUGGAUCUGUUCAAGGCCAUCUUUGCCAGCUCCUCAGAUGAGAAGUCCUCCUCUUCCUCAGAGGGAGAGAGCGAGGAUGAGGAUGAAAAGGAUGUAAAGGAGGAUCAGGCGAAAGUCGAGUCGCAGCCACUGAACCUGUUUAACAUCACCUCCGCCUCCACCGUCACAUCUUCCUCACUCUCUUCCUCCGCCGCCACCGUCAUAUCUUCCUCACUCUCUUCCUCCACCGCCACAUCCAGCCAGCAGACGGCGGUGGUUCCCGGUCAGACCUCGACGCAGGAAGAGGAGGAGUUUGGUCCGAAGCUGCCGCCUCCUUCAGCUGCUCUCAUCAGAGGAGGCGCCACCUCCGUCUGCCCCCCCAGCAAGGAGGAGAAACCCAGAAAGAGGAGUAAAGAGAAAAAGCACAAGAACAAGAAGCAGCACAAACACAAGAAGGACAAGAAGAAGAAGAAACAUAAGAAGCACAAACACAAAGGGAAGCAGCAGAAGAAGAGUAAGAAGGAGACGUCAGACAGCAGCUCGGAGGACAGUGAAGAGGACCGUGACGGUGAAGCAGGACAGGUGUCUACAGAUGAGCUGCUGAAAAGACUGAAAAGCAUCCGAUCACAUCAGACCUGGUGAAUCAGCAGGAAGUGUGUCCUCUGUGAGGACGACCAGUGAAAACGCAUCAGAGUUGACCUCUAAAUUAAUUUUAGAUAACAGAUCACCUGUUGUUCUUGUUUUGAAUAAUAAAAUGUUUAUCAAAUGUU